GGAAAGUGAGUGGAUAGGGAAGAGAGGGAGAGACGUGGAGAUUGAUUAAGCGAGAUAUGAAGAUGACAAGAAUAGGUAAAAGUGUGCUUGUUUUAUGAAACAUAAUGUUAUUUGUAUUUUGCUUUUGCUUUGUCGGAUAGUUAUAAGAGAAGGGUCUAAGAUGAGAAAGAAUGCAAAGGUUUAUAGAUACAUUUGUUGGGUUGGUUUUCGAAACUAAACAAUGUGGACUUUUAAGUAGCUUAAUAUGGAAGCAGGUGAGUGUUGUAUUGUCAGUCCACUCGAUAAAUUAAUUAUAUAAAAAGGGCAGAAGAGGAGAGGUGGGAAUCUUCAUUGAGGACUAAGGCAUGGGAAACUGCACCAAACCAUCCCUGAAAAACAAAAUUAAAAAGGUAAGAGAAACAUAUUUAAAGGUCAGGGCCUAUAUAUCGGGGGACUGUGUUUUUGUGUUAAUUGUAAUAUUGAAAUGAGUGGGAGACGAAUCAUACUUUAAAACUUAAUAACUCUUAGAUAUAUUGUAAAGAUAGUAAUCAGUAUUUCAGUAAAAUUAUAAUACUUCAGUAGUUUAAGGACGUGUCAAACAAAUUGACUAAACGUGCUUAAUUAGAUUAUGUCUCAAGUAAAAUGUGGCCCCACCCUAAGGGUGUGGCUGAGGGUAAAGGGGCUGGGCCAGUGGUGCCAGGGCCCCGCCCACCCGGAGAAGCAGACGGAGAAAAUGAAGUAACUUCUGAGUUUAAGGGGCCUCUGAAUGCACUAGUCCAAAACUGCACCAUGCUGCAUAACAUCGUUGGACCAGCAUGCAUCUUCCUAAGACAGGGCUUCGCAAAGUCACAGCUCGACAGGGAACUGCGGCCAGAAGAGAUAGAAGAACUAAGAGAAGCCUUUAAAGAGUUUGAUAGGAACAAAGGCUACAUCAACUGCAGGGACCUGGGAGAAUGCAUGCGGACGAUGGGAUACAUGCCAACAGAGAUGGAACUCAUUGAACUGAGUCAACAAAUAGGUGGGGGUAAAAUUGACUUUGAGGACUUUGUGGAGCUUAUGGGCCCCAAAAUGCUGGCAGAGACAGCAGACAUGAUUGGAGUCAAGGAGCUGAGAGAUGCCUUUAAAGAGUUUGACUCCAAUGGAGAUGGGCAAAUCAGCAUCACAGAACUGAGAGAAGCCAUGAAGAAGCUAAUGGGGGAGCAGCUAAAUUCCGGGGAUACUGACGAUAUACUUUGUGAUGCUGACCUCAAUGGGGACGGACUUGUUGAUUUUGAAGAGUUUGUGAGGAUGAUGUCACGCUGAUGGAAGCCACACAGAGAGACUUUAUUUUCAUCAUGAGACUCUAAGAGGGACACAUGGUGCAGCAAUCUGAAUUUUUCAACAUGCCUCAAGAGAUACAAUUUGUAAAAAAUUAUGUUUCAUUUUAUUUAUUAAAUAAGCAUUAUUAUGCAAAAGAGCAAUGUCUCAUUUCAAUAGAGUAAUGUUGUAAAUGUACUGUUUAACUGGUAGGCCUAUUUUCAAAGUUGUAUUUGUC